UUUAAACGUCUUAAAUCCGAAAGAUAUAGUUUUAAAAAUAAUUUUCAUUAACUUUAAGCCAGUGAAAGAAAGGUUACAACAUUUAACAUGAAUACGAAAAUUUAUUUUUUCAUCGUUUUAUGUGUUGGAUUUGUCGUGAUUGAUUUCGCAAAAGCAAAGAUUCAAGUUACCACACUACCAGCUCAACUGCAAAUAGAAUGGGAUCCAUCGAACAUUUCUGUACAAUCGUGGGACCUUACAUAUGACGUCAUGGGUACCGAAUACCAUGGCGUCUUGGACGUGAUCGGCACGAGUUUCUCAGUGAACGUGAGCACGGACCAAUAUCCGGGAAGCCUGUAUAAAGUAAGCGUGUACCAGGUAGUUAAUGGGACACGACAAUUGUACGGGAUCGGCUAUGGAAGAGCGAAUUGUUCAACAUCGUUUCACACAGUUAUAGGGGACACUAACAGUCUACGUUUCCCUGGCUAUUCUCGUGUCAUUCCUUCAGGCGUCGUCUGCACGUGGAAUUUUGUUGGAACCGUAGACACGUGGUAUCGAAUUCAAGUCAGUGACUUUAAUAUUAAGAUGAAUGAAAGUUGUGGCGAUUACGUUACUGUUAAUGACGGGUCGUUUUGCAAUACUUCUAUGUGGAUAUCUUCCAAGAUCAUAACAAAUUCCAGUUUUAGCGUCAAACUGUUCACCAAAUCUUCAAAGGGCGGUCCCUUUGAGUUUAUUGUAACAGCUGUACACAGACUAUAUGCUCCCACUAAUGUGACGGCUUACGCACCUGAUGACGUCAUCAACGUCACGUGGGAACCACCGUCUUAUCACCCAGAAAACUUCACUUAUACGCUACGACUGGCGCACUACCCAUUUACGUCAUUUUUGGACAUGACGUUGGAAGGAAAUGCGACGUCUUACUCGAUUUUGCUGACGAGUCACUUUGGUCAAAACUUCACCGUUCAGAUCCGGUCUGUGUCCGCUGACGUCACAAGUGACUUCGGGACGCCAAUUUUUGUUCGGACCAGCUGUAAGAAGGACUAUUUCAUCAAGGAAACGCAACAACUUUUUGUUACGUCGGAGCAGUUUCCAAAUAAUUAUUUACCCGACGUCCACUGCACAUUCACAUUUAAAACGAAUGACGAGUUUAUUUUGCGGAUUCUUACGCAUACACUGGAUAUCUCAGGAAGCAGCUUUUGUCGGGUGCCGCCAUUUCUUGAAAUCAAUGGAGAGCGCUUUUGUUCGGACCAUUUGCCUUCCCCAAUUAUUGUUCACAAUACGUCAAUGCUGGAAAUGAUUUUUGAUUCUGGAUUGAAUACGAGGGGCGUUGGGUUUAAUUUCUCAAUCCAGUCUGUCGCCCAACAACCAUCACCACCCCAGAAUGUACACGCCACAGUAGAGCAAGACGAAAUCCGCAUUUCCUGGGCACCCCCUGCUCACCGUCAGGCAUACGUCUCGUUAUACACCGUACAGUAUGUCCUGCCUCCGCACACACCCGGCGCCACAAUGGUCUUGACCCAGGAAAGCCGGAACUUCACUAUCGACACCCAUGGCUACAGUGGAAGACUUUACGUUUUUCGGAUGUCGGCGUCAACUGACGGAGGUCAAAGCGCGUUUACGGCGCCGCUUUACGUAAGAGCAAGUUGUGGUAACCAAUUCCGUUUAGAACGCCACCAGGAGGUAAUAAUCCUCUCUCCAGGAUCCACUUCCGCCUACUCACCGGCUGUCGUCUGCAACUGGUCAGUGGUAGCGCCGCCCAACAAUUGGUUAAAACUCAUUAUGCAAGAAUUUCAUCUCGAGGAUUCCGUUAAUUGCACAAAGGAUUCCCUAUCUAUAUCUGGACAGGAGCCCCUAUGUGGAAAUCAAACCGGUUCAUAUAUUUUUAGACGAAAUAGCCUGGACUUUCGUUUCACCUCCGACUACGAUAUUGAGCGCAGAGGGUUUCAUCUUGUAAUAAUAUCUGAAGGUCCUACACCGGGCGCACCUGAAAAUGUCUCAAUGCAGACGACCCAGUACGGCAUAGUGGUGCAGUGGCGACCCCCGCCAUUCCGCACUGAGUUUGUAAACGGGUACGCCAUUAUCUACGUGAUUGGUAACGAUGGAAGUAACCAUACCGACAGAGUGAUACCAAAGGCUCACUAUCACGUGAUCGAUAUGACGUCAUUUACGGGAAGAAUGGUUAACGUAUGGAUUCGCUCGAUUGGCGAUGUGGAAGACAGCGUCGCAGUUCCGGUCGGAAAGAUUCGGACAUUCUGUGGUGGGGUUGUGGAGAUCGGUUUGGAACCAGUCUAUAUUUCGUCACCAGGAUACGGAAAAGCGACACCUGCCGGCAUUCUUUGUGACUGGUCCAUACGAACAACACACGUCCACAACACAACGCUACGAUUCGCGCUCAUAAGCCUCGAACUUAUAAAUGUUGGUUCAUCUUCUUUGGCACCCGAGAUAUCGUGUGGAUCGUAUCUUCGAAUUGACAACGUAACACGUUGCGCUGGUAUUGGGGAAGCGGAAGAAAUGGAAUUGACCCAACACAGGGAAACAACUCUGACCUUUCAAACUGGAGACGCCGAUGUUGAGUCGCGUUUCCUGAUUCGACUUGAAACUUACGAAUAUAGCGUUAUCAGUGACAGCCCUUUACAGUCAAGCUCUACACGUGUCUCCAUUCUCCCGUCUAGUGCGAGCGCGUGCGCAACGUGCGCUGCUGUUAUGACGACACUGUCGCCUUUGCUUACGUCAUUAUCAAUGACACAGUAUGUACAUGUUUCUCCUAUCGCGGACUUAGAUGAACUUCGCCCAUCAAACAUCACUCGAUCAUCAUGGAUUUCCGCCCACAUUAAUUCAACAUCGUCAAGUGCCUUACAAAUAUCUUCAGUACAGUCUUCGACAUUACCAUAUAUGGAAACUUUUGUACGUGAUAAAUCGGUGUUAUUGGAAACACAACGAUACCCACCAGAGUUAAUACCUUCAUUUUCAUAUGCAUUUACAUCAACAUCUUCAUCGUCAUAUUCAUCAUGUGUCCCAUCAACAUCAACGUUACCAACAGUAGCAUUAUUAAUAUCAACUACCGAAUCAACAUUAUCGUCCUCGCCAACAAUCGAGCCGAUAUCAACAUCAUCACCGUCGUUAGAUAGAAGCAGUAUAUCAACAAUCUUAAUUGACGAAUCAGGAUCAGCAGACCUAUAUUCAGAAACACGAAGCAUCAAUGCAAACUCUGUUGCAUCUGUGACACUAUUCCCUACGACGAUAGUUUCAUCAUUUGAAGACCGACAUUUCAGCCAUACCGUUUCGGCAUUGAUGGGGCUAAACACAAACCGUCUUGGACAAUCGAACAAAGAAGACGUUUUCAAAGCGCCUAACACUGCAACCUUUCUUUCUUCGUCAAUAAAUUCGAGACCGACAUCAAGGAUUCUAUCCUCGCAGACGGUUUUACCAACACAAACGUUAUCUUUGUUACCGACAGAAUCUGCAAACACCGUUGUGAAACGUCAACAAGCAUUUGGUUCUGGUUCCACAACAAGGAUGCAGUCAUCUUACGCAUUUAUGACAAUUUUAUCAUUUUUCGCCAUAAAUAUCUUAAGAUUGUAUAUGUUAUUAAGUAUGUAUUGAUACAUAUAACCGCGUAUCGCUUGUGUUCAAAGUUGUUUGGUUUUUUCACUUGUCUUAUCUCAUCAUUUAAGUGCAUAUUAUGUCAGGAAUCAGUUUUGUUUUUGUUGUAUUAUGUACUUUACGGAUAUAUUUCAUCAAUAAUAAAAUAAAAUUUGAAAAU